UAACAGAAAAUCGAAAAAAAAAAAAAAAAAAUCUAAGGAGCUUGAUCAAUACAAGUCCUGCCGCCUCUCAUCCUCUGAUUUCUCUCUCGAAUUCAUCAAACCCCAUCCCUCCCAAUCCACAUGUUCUCUCUCAAGUUUCCAGUUUUACGAUAACGGAGCGAUUGCAAUGUCUUGGCUGUUGAAAUCGUUCCAAUUAGACGGCCCAGACUCAUCCGAUUCCCACCACUCGUCGUCUCCGGACCACAGCCCCUCUACCACUCCACGUGGUGUCAAAGACGACCUUUCCGUUCUCGGCCAAACCCUUGGCAGUCGAUUUCGCGGCGUUGCCGAGUUCCUGGCACCACCACCUUCUCCUCUGACAACUGCCAUUCCUGCCGCUGGUGAUUCUUCCGAUCCUUCGUCGUCAUCGCAGUCGCACGCGCUCAUCGGGAUCCGGAACGAUCUCGUCGAAAUCGGUGGGAGCUUUCGGAGCGGCCUCUCGCUUCUGUCCAGUAACAAAGCGGUGAGUGAGAUCUCGAGGCUCGCUUCGAACUUGUUGCAGCUCGAGGAAAACGAAGUCAAGGAUGAUGAAGCUUCGGAAGAGAACGAAGAAGAUCGUAUUGAUGAUGGUGUACCUGGGGUAACCGAUGAAGUCCUUGAUUUUGUGAGCGAGAUUUCGACGCGCCCCGAGCUAUGGACCGACUUUCCUUUACCACUCGAUAACGAUUUCAACAUGUCUGAUGCUCAGAGAGAACAUGCUUCUACCGUUGAAAGGUUGGCCCAGAAUCUGGCAUCUCUUAGAGCUAAACUUCAGACAUGUAUGACUGAACAACAAUUUUGGAUGGUUUAUUUCAUAUUAUUGCUGCCAAGAUUGAGUGAACAUGAUUUUGAGCUUCUGUCAACAUCUAAGAUUGUAGAGGUGAGAGAUGUACUUUUGCAAAAGCUACAAAAGAAUGCACAGAUGGAGAAUGACAAGACAAAGACUCUUGAUGUGUCUCAAGAUGGCAGCAAGCUGGUCAGUGAGCCACAAGGUGAGAAUAUGCCAUCCGAGGAGAAGGUUUCAACUGAGAUCAUAAGUGCAGUAGUAGAAAUGAAUGCUGAACAGAAUACUGAAAAGUGGUUGGAAGCAGAACAUAUUGAUACAGGCACUUCGGUUUGUGCCCAGAAAAAGCUUGUACAAGAGGAGGACAUUUCAUUCAGUGAUCUAGAGGAUGAUGAUAAUGAUCUCUCUAAUAGACUAUCAGGCCUUAACUCAGCUGAGGAAACCAAGGUUUCUUCACCCGGUGGAUGCAAUGACUGGGUUCAACUGAAGGGAAGUCCCGAGUCUCAGGUUGGUGGUGGCCGGCAAAAGGCAGACAAAUCAAAUUCUCGAGAUAAAGAUUCAGAAGGUGAGGAGUCAAAUGACUGGCUUACUGUCGAUGAUUUCGAUUAGAGAGUUUGUUUUAUUCCUUAUUUAUUGUAAAGUUUAUAAUUUUCUUUUUCUUUGGGGGUCUGUACUUCUGAAUUUCAAUCAAUAUCGUAAAGUUCUUUGUUAAGUUGGUAA